AUGAAGCGUUCGGCCCAUCGAGACAUGCUGUCCGUCUUCGCAAACUUGGUGAUAGGUUGGCCACUCGUGACGCCCUUUGCAUUGUGCUGCGGAGAGUCUCCAGGCAGACGGUUAGGCGAGCACUGGCGGAGGGUCCUGAUCAUCGCCAUCUUGGCUGGGCUGGAAAAAAAUUUGACGAACUCUUCACUCUCGCACAUCGGCGGUGCCCUCAAGACUGCGCUGCACGGCCUGAACGUCGUGUUCACGCUCGUGGUAUCUGCUUUUGCAGGAGCAGACGACCGAGCCAAGUUCUGCAUCCUCGGUUGCCAGUGGCGUGGCAACGUUAUGCUUUCCCUCAGCAUAUGCCUGGUAACUUUGUCAGUGCGCGAGAUAAAAGUGCGCGGCGAGCUCCGCUGGGAGAACAAGCAGGACACGUGGUAUCCUAAGGGAUUCACUGGCCGCUGGCUUUGUGUGGCGGCUGGUGGCGACUGUUUGAUCGACUAUGCGAAUGGUGCCUGCGAUGCCGAAAGGGAGCUGCCUUUGAGCAGUCUUUGCUCCCUGGCGAUGGCCAUGCAACAAUUCAUUGAGACGACCGGUCAGGAAACCACCGGCGUGCAGACCCACUCUGUGUCUUUCAGCACUUUCUUGCUUUGCGCAUGCACGGGCCCGACCUUCUCAGUGGUGGCCGUGGUGGCCCUGCCCGAGGAAGCCCCGGCCGAGCUUUCCACGGCAGAGCUGCGCUUCAAAGCGAUGGAGAUCCACGCAGCGCUCCGCUCCAAGGCCGAGCUCAAAGAGCAACUGGAACGACUGGCCGGGGCCGCUGGGCAGGAGCGCGAAGAGAAGGCCGCGAACUACACGCUCUCCUCUUGCUUGGAUGCGGGCAAGGAAGUUGACACGUCGCUCCCACCGGAAGCUGCAAGUGCGGCCCGGGAGAUCUUCGGCAGGGCCCUGGGCCAGCGUGCUGCGGAGCCGCUCGCGGCCUUCCUCGCAGAGCUGCCCGAGAACGAAAGGCAGGAAGUCAAGAAGCUUUGCCUCUUUGACGCCCGCCUGGAGAUCCUCUGCAUCCUUGGAGAAGAGGGGCCCAAAGAAGCGAAGCAAGCAGCAGAAGAAGCAGCUCUCCUUUUGAAGGCCGGAGAGGCAAUCUCAGAGAGCCAGGAGAGGGUGACCUCCGUCUGGGCUUGGGCUUCGGAAAGUGCCGAGAUUGCUGUGCUUUGCCCCCAAGCCUGGCCACUCUUCUUGGGGGCCGUGUUGACAAAACGCCUCCCUGGCCAUUCCAGCGAUGCCACAGGACUGGUCACUCGCGUCUCCGCUGAUCACCUCAAACACGUGCCGGGCCUCCAGAGUCGUCUGGAAGCAAUGGCAACACGAUUCCAGGAUCCUCUUGGCUUCAACCCCCCGGCAAAGCCGGCGAGUUGA